UGAACGUGGCGGCAGAGCAGCCAUAUAAUGGCUGUUUUGUAUGGUAAGCUCAAGCGAAAAUACAAUGCUCGGCAACAAGUUUUGCUUUCCCCAACGAAACAUUCAGUGAGACAAUGCGACAAUGAACUUCUGAGCUCGUCUCAAAACUUGUUCUCAUUCACGACUGGCAGUACAGAAACCCUAAAAAAUUCUUCCAUGGAAAGUACUGAUUCACUCUUUGAGAACAACCCAAGUACAACGGACUUGGAAGACAAUCCUCUCGAAGAGCAGCCCAGUUCUCCAAUCUCCAAAAGUCAAAGCAAUACUAGUUUUGAUUUGUAUUUCAAAGGGUUUGAAGAACUUGACAAAUAUGAUGCUAAUCUUCACAAGCGUCAAAAAAACAUGCAUCACAGAAAAAAGACUACUUUUUUUGCGAAAGACGGAAACUUAGCUGAUUGCAAAAAGAAAAAUUCGAAACCAAACCCGCUUAUCGAUUUGUCUGAUGAUGAAUUUUCCUCUGAGAUUUCCGCAUCGUUACAAACGUUGAAUUCCCGGUUGUUUGAAAUACAAUCACAAGUGAAGUCACUGAGUCAUGAAAAGUCGUUCUUUGACUCUCCUGAAAUUCAGACGUCUUAUGCGCAAGACAGCAACAGUGCUGAUUCUGGUGCUCGACAUUAUGGUAACACAAGAAGUUUCAGAGACGGAGCUGAAUCGUUAUCAGCCGCAGAAGAGGAGGAAGAAGAAGAAGAGGAGGAAGAUAUAAUAGAAAAAAACUUAAGCGAAAAGUAUCCUAAAGUUAUAAAAAAAUCUGUGAAUUAUAAAACCAAAGUGCGAUUUGCGGAUGAUAGUCCAUAUCUAUUACCAUCCGGUAAAUGCCAAUCCUUAGAGGAAUUGCGAAGGUCUGGAGAACUAGAAAGCUCAAAAUUGGAAUUUGACAUGAUCUUUGAGCAAUUGAGAAAAAUAACGCAUUAUGGUAAAAAAGAUUUCUCGGAAUUAUUGCAACUAAAACUCAACUUACUCAAUAAAAUUGAAUCCGACACUAACUUCAAAAACUAUCUUCAAAGAUCCGUAGUAGGUAAGGAAAACUGCACCUUUAAUCAAACUGUGAAAGAGCUACUGAAGGUCAGCCCUAAAGAUGUUAUCAUUAACUUUCAGCUGAUAACGUUUUUUAGACUGACCGAUUGGAAAGGAUUGGAUAUUGUAUCAGCUAUUUGCAAAGUGAGUUCUAUGGGUGAUCUUUUUAUGAAAGAAUACUCUGAUUAUCACCUGAAGCUACCGAGAAAGUUUCCUAAAGAAUUGCUAGGUGAUUGGAUGACGCAUUGUGCAAAAUCAUCUACUUAUCAGAUAACAAUGAAAAUGCUUCAUAGUAUUGGGACCUCAGGGACGGAAGACUUUACUGAUGAGGAGAAAAGUGUAAUACUUGACUUUUGUGAUCUGGCAUUGCAAUCUUCAAAAGCUGAAUCACUACUGUUACCAUUGAGUGUCUUGCGUUUGAACUCCUCAUUCCUCCAAGGUGGGAAAACCAACAGUUUAUCAACAUCCUUAGCUAGGCUACUUAUUUCCUUUCCAUUUCAAGUUGACGAUCCCAAAGUUAUGAAUUUGAUUCUUGAAUGCAGCAUUAUUAUUGUUUGCGAUCCAGAAUUUUCAGUUGAUGUUAGUUCCAACAGAACAAUGUUCUCAAACCAAAUCUGGUACAGGUUGUGGGAGAUAGUUCAGACAAAUAACGUUCUGGAUAAAAAAGACGAUUUGAGUGAUGCGAAACAAAAUCAAUGCUUGAUUGCAAUAGGUUACAUUUUCAGCUUCAUAACCUUUGACAAAGAAGUGACUGCCUCAGAUCUAUCACCUUUGAAUGAUUUCUUGGCCUUUGCAGAUCAAAAAUCUAAGACUGCUUCUUACAACAUACUUCAAAUUCACUGCAUAGGUUAUUUAGGUUGCAUUUCCUACCACUUUUUCAAAAGAUUCCAUUUGUUGACUGAUAAAAAUUUAAGUUGGAUUAAAAAUAUUCUGAAAGUUCAUCAAAGCUCAGAAUUGAAGUCUCAAGAAAUACUGUCCCGAGAAAUUAAGCUAAUUUUACGAGAAAUUUAAAGUCCUUUUUUCUUGUGUAUUUUUAUAAAGGUGUAAAUUAAAUAGAUUACAAACGUUAUCGAAACUUAAUUAAGCAAAGUUGAACUCAUCAUUCUGCGACUUAACAGCCAAUCUUGCCAAUCUAAACAUCUUGUUCUUGGCACUUUCUUUCUUCUUGCUAUCAUCACC